AUGAACGAGCCUAGUGGAGCGCCUGCACCUCCGCCCCCGAUGGAGGCGAUCCAUCCGUCGGUGCGCGACGAUGACGAAAUCUACUCGCAAGUAGCGCACUCUGCCCAUUUGUCCUCGGAUGCAUUACAUGACGAGGCUAACUCUGUCGCACAAAUGGCCCAAUACGUGACAGACCCGACUCAAUUCCUGCUCAAUGUGCCUGUGGAGAAGCCAUUUACAACGCAGGUGCCGGCGUCGCUAUUUGACGAGUGCGUCUCUGUGCUGAAACGCACCGUACAAUGGCGCGUCUCAUCGACGCGGUAUAAUGGCGCGCUACCGCAUGGACGUCGCUAUGCAUGGCGGAAACAUUACGUAUGCGACCAUUCCGGCAAACCACGCGACAGACGGAACCCGGAUCUUGCGCCUGGAAAGCGGAGAUCGCGGCGUGCAUCGAUCAAAAUUGGGUGCCCUGCUUCCUUUACUGCGACGCAGGAGGUCGGGAGCGAUACCGUGACGCUGGUGUGUCGGUUUCAGCACCAGGGCCACACGGUAAACACGCGCGAGUACUGGGCGAAUAGCCGCAUUCCGGAUAAUGUGCGUGAAUGGAUCAGGGAUCGCGUUGCGGAAGGGCACGACCAGAAGGAAAUUGUGCAAAUGAUCCAUGAGCACCAAAAGAACGCGGAAAGCGCACCAUCGUCGAAUACUUCGUUUAUUCCACCAGGUGUGCAGAUCACCCGUAUGGACGUGUACAACAUUAUUAAGCGCUUCAGAAGCUCGCAUGACAGACAUUGCGUCUCGAAGCAUGGGGAAGUGAAGCAGAAACUGGACCAUGGCUCGGUACAAGAUGCGAAUACGCACCGCUUGCGUCUUCAGCUUGGUGGACAUAGCCCCGUUUCUCCCGAUCUUGCUGGCCAAGAUGCAGCGCAAGAAGACCCACAUGCCCAUGAACUGGACCCAGCUUCGGCAAGCACAUACCCCAUCAUGUCUACGCCGGCUUCCCUCGCACCUGUAACGCCAGAAGAGGCCGUGAGUUUUGCGCAGCAAUGGAGUGACUUGCUCGUGAACCUCCAGGCGUUGCAGCCAAGGAUUAUGGAGUAUGCAUUGACCACGGGAGCAACGCGGCAUCCGAAUACAACUGCGGAAUGGUCGCAAGCUGUUGCGCAGCUCACACAAGCUUGGUAUGUUGCGAGUAAUCUAUUGGAGCGGCCCGUUCUUGCGCAUAACCAUGUUUCGUAA